ACAGUCAUGUAGUUAGCUGAUGUGCUCAGUCUCCGGUCUGAAACUGACAGUAUCGCACCGAGCAACAGGCAUCGCCUUUUCUCUCUGUGCUUGUGUGGUCAUGACCAUUUGUAUGGAAGCCACAAUGAUUUUGAUGUAGCUACAUGGGUCUACCUAUACCCCGCAUUUUGUUGCAGUUCUCGCUGUCUGCACUAUUUGUGGUGCCGUUUGGUCCGAGGGGGAAGACGCGUCAUGUUCAGGGCUCAGGUCUGUAUGUGGAUGUAGGUCGUCACAGGCAAGCACUGAAUCCGCCUUGCACAGUUUGUGAAGCCAACACUGGCAACAGGUAUAAAAUACUAUUACAGAUAACCGUGGAACAAGCACGGUCGGUGAGGGCGCCCACGUCCACUGCAGUAGCACUGUCAGCAACUAAGUAUGGCGCAGCAACAGUCACCGAGCAAAAAGAAGCCGACCAUUCCGCACUUGGAUCUCUACAAUUUCGAGGAGCCCUGGGCAAAGGAGACCCAAUAUGUCCUGACCAGUCCUCGCUCGCUGGAGGCGUGUGGACGAUGCGGCGUGCAGCCUGUGCAGCUACUCUACAAAUCCCUGCCGGAGUUUGAGAGCGAGCUCAGCGAGGAGAAGCUCUCCUACACGGAGCUGUAUGAUGUGUACCAGCGAACGGAGCGCGAGCGCCAGGAGCUGCUGAAGCGAGCGAGAGAGGAACGCGAGCGCAUCAUGUGGAGCGAUGCCGAGCGAGACGCAGUCCCUGGCCUCGAGUCGAGUGUCAACACCAGCAGCCAUGAGCAGUCUGCCACCAGCUCCGCGAGUAGCUUUGCUAGCUACUCCUCAAAGCUGAGUGCCAGUGUGCCCACUAGCGGAGGGGCUACUGCUGCAGAGACAACCGCGACCAGGAGUAAAUCAGCCGUGCCUGGACUCAGUCAUACCACUCAUGCCAGCUCACACGCACAGGGCAAGACGAACAGGGUGAAGUUCGUGCGUGGAGAACAGUUGCCCGGCCAUUUACCCACCACCUCACCCACACCAUCAUCUACCCUCUCAUCUUCGUCAUCAUCGUCGUCCCGACCGGCUUCAGCCCUGGAGCGUCGUAGCAUGCAGCUCGUCGGGCAGAAGUUGGACUUGCACGAUCGAGCCAAGACGCCGCAAACUCACCGUGGCGGCGUGCCAUCCACGAAAUCCUCGGCCAGCACGGACACAACUGACUCGUCCAGGCCUUCGACUAGUACCAGUGUUACGUCAAGCAAUCGUACGGCAAGUACACAGGCAAACGGUGGCCCAGCUCAGGAAUCAACAUCGUCACGCACACGUCAAACUAGCAGUGUUCCGGCCGCCGUGCCCACCGAUCGGUUGCGUGAAACCAGUCGAAAGCCAAGCACGACGCAGCAGCAGCAGCCCGGUUUGUCGGCCUCGGCCACAUCUGCCGGCCUGAAACGGGCGUCCACCGCAUCGUCCGCACCACCAUCCCGGCCAUGGAGCAGUGCAGACGGUGCGCUACUGGCGUCGAAAUCCAGCGGUGGCCAUACUAGCGACUCAGCGUCGUCCACACUAUGGUCAGCUGACGAGCUGGCCGAUGCCGUAGUGAGCGUGGGAAUGUCCAGCAUGGAGGCGCGCAAGAUGGCGCUUCUCUCCGAACGCGACCGACGCAUCCUGCAGAAGAUGGUGGAACGGCGGCGGCGAGACACCGAGACACGUCAGCAGCGACAGUCUGCCGAGCUGCAGUGGGAUCGUCAGGCUGAACACCGACGAGCCGAACGGCAGCUCGAAGAGAUGGAACACCGCAAGGCCAUGGAGAAGAAACGCGAGAAGGAACGAGCGGUGACCGAGCUGCGCGUGGCAGCGUUGGAACAGCAGCAUCGCGAAGAAGUCGACACGUUGCAGCAGGAGCUCGAGGAGAAGGAGGACAAAUGGUCACAGCUGUAUGAGGAGCAGCAGGAACGAUUGCACCAGACUGUCCGGGAGAAAACCCAGAAGGAAGAGCGGAAGCGGCAGAUGCAGGAACUGCGACGUGUCGAGCUGCUAGUCGAAGAACGACAGCGUAAGCGAGCCAUGCUGGAAGAGAAAGAAGCCAAAAUCGAGACGGCAGGCGAGCGAAAACAGCGCCUGGAAGAGGAAGAGCUCGAGCGUCUCAAAGCCAAGAACACGGCCGAGCGUGCGGCCAUUGCUGCUCGUCUGAGAGACCUGGAGGACGACGAAGCGGAGGAGCUGCUGAACCUGCAGAGUGAUGUCAUCGAGAAACACCAGCGUGCCGAGAGACGCCUGGAAGCAAUACGUGUCGAGCAGCAGCAGCUACAGCGGGUCAAGUCGGAGAAACGCGAUCGGCAGGCGGAGCGCAAUCGCGACGCAGCACUGCAGCUGGAGCACGAGACUGAACAGCUGCGGCUGGCCAACGACGAGCAACGGCGAGAGGCUGAGCACCGAGCGGCCGAACUAGCACAGCAGCGUGUGGAGGAGCGCCGGGCGAAGACGGCCGAAGAGCUGAAAGUACGACACGCCGCACACGCCAGGAACCUGGAGAAGCUACGGAACGUCGAGCAGGAGGACGAGCGCCUGCAACGCCGACAGCUGGCGGCCAAGGAGCUACGCAUGGAGGCGAUGGCGCGUGAGCGCGAAGAGGUGGUGCGCGAGUCUCGUGAGCGGGCGCUCGAGGCGGAAGUCCUCCGCGAGAAGCUCAAGGAAUUCUGCUCUACAGACACGUUUGACAAGAAGGUGCAGAGUGCAGAGCUCACGGCGCCUCUUCAGGAUAUGACGCACCGACCGAUUCGCUCCGCGGCGGUGAACAAGACGUCAUCGCAGGUCCUUCUUGGGUAGGCACUGCACCAUGACUCUCGUUGCUGCUGCUCAACUGUUGUGCGGGUGUAUUCACUGCGGCAAUAUCGGCCAUUUCUGUGUGAGAUUUAGUCUGUGUCUGCUUUCGGCUCAUUUGUGUUGCCAGCUCAGAGCAUGUAGCGCAUAAUCAUAGUCAGACCACUAUGGUUGCUAUGGUUACUGUAGUUGCUAUGGUUGCUACGCUAUGGUUACUGGCUAUGGUUGCUAUGGUUACUGUAGUUGCUUGCUCCUACAUGUAUCCAUGGUGACUUCUACCUUGGCCACGUUGUCAUGCAGCAUACAAUGUCAGCCUCCACUGUUGGCAGAGAAUAGUGUCCCGUCGAACGUCAUUUUUGAAGUGUUUUUAUUAUAUUUUAUAAAGUGAUAUGUUUAUAAAAAUAGGUUACAACAUUGAAGUAUUUUGUCAGAUUCUUACAGUUUAUGCCCGGAGUGGUAGCACGCAA